CACAAGCCCACACUGUACAGCCAAGGGCAGAGAGAACAGAUACUCACCCAGCUGCCAUGGCCGCUGCAGCUACAGCAGGGGAAAUACAAGAUGAAGCUAUUUGCUCCAUCUGCCUGGAAUAUCUGACGGAGCCGGUGACUAUCGCCUGUGGGCAUAACUUCUGCCGAGCCUGCGUCACCCGGUACAGUGAGGAGAACGGAACAGGGACACCCCUGACCUGUCCCCAGUGCAGAGCCCAGUUCCAGAAAAGGGAGUUCCAAAUCAACACACAGUUGAACAACAUCAUACAAAAGAUCAAACAACUGGGGUUAAAACCAGGAAAAGGGCAAAAGGAGGAUCUGUCUGAGAGACAUGAGGAACAUCUCAAACGCUUCUGUGAGGAUGAUGGAGAAACUAUUUGCUGGGUGCGUGAGAAAUCCCGGGACCACAAGUCUCACACUGUGGUUCCCAUUGAGGAGGCUGCCCAGGGAUGCAAGAGCCAGCGUCCUGGAAUCGUCUCAUGGUGCGUGGAGUGGUGGCAGUGGUGGGGGUGCUAGUCUUACUGUACCUAUGUGGGUUUUGGAAAGGUAGAGGAAAAGUGUUUGCCUACUCUCUACUCGUCUUCAGGAAGCUGCUGACGCAUCCCUCCCAACAGCCUGGAAGUCGGCAGGAUUCCCAGGAAUCUGAGCUCCCCGCAGUGUGUGACAGGGACGGGGAGCAGGCCCAGGGAACCAGAAACAUGAAUUGAGACCCAGCCCUGAAGAAGGGGGAAGGAGACCUGCUAAUGGAGGACAGACGCUUCCCCCUGGAACCCAGAGGAAGGGAUCCAUUAGGUGGGGACACGGGUGUGGCCCAGGAAACUGGAGCAGCAUUGCCAAUCCUCCAGGGUGACCAGGAGUCUGCAGGAAUUAAAGAUUAAUUUUGAAUGAAAGAUUAUGUCAUGUGAUAAAAUCUUCAGGAAUACGUCCAAUUAAAAUUGGCAACCCUAAACCGGAGUGCGGGGAGGGACCCAUUAAAUGGAGACAGACUUGGGCUGGGGAACCAGCUAGAAGAGCUGAUCCCUCCUAUGGUGCCCCUCAAUGGUGGUGACUAGACUGGGCGAAACUUUGCAUUUUUUGCCUCAAAUAGGUUUAGAUGAAGAUUCAGCAGUUUGCGAAUUCGUAUCCAGUCUGCUGAAUUGUUCACAUCCAGCCCCUCCCCCGGGUUCUCAACAAGUCGAAGCAUUUCAUUGAGACACUUUCCAAACAAACCAUUUUGAUUUUUCAGCUUGAAACAAUUUUUUGUUUAAAAAUGUCUUUCACUUUUAUUUUAAAAAUUCAAAAAGUUACAACCCUUGAAAUGUUCCUGGGUCUUUUUGUUUGUUUGUUUUUUUUAAAGCUCUUUGGUUCAUCAAAAAUUUGGAAAAAUUUUAGUUUUGUUCAACCUGAAACUGGUUUUUUUCCAUCUCUUUUUUGGAAUUGCCAGGGACCAAAAAAUUCUGUUUGCCCAGCUCCAGAGGCGGGUGAGGAUUUUGGCGAUUAUAUUGUGGGUUUCUGAGUCUCCUUGUUGCUCAAAGUUUUCUUACUGUAACAAAUUAAUUUGGGAUGAGGGCAGGAUGAGCAAAAGCUUCCUAAAAGUCGGGGGGGGGGGGCUGCUGGCACCCAAACUGUGGCCCAGCCCCUGUGCCACCCCUUCUCCUCAAGGUCCUGCCCCCUCAAACCGCCCCUUUCCCUGAGGCCCCCCCUCACACCGCCUUUCUCUCUGAGCUCCCACUUCACGCCAUCCCUUGCCCCCAAACACCCCCCGACCCCGCUACCUUCUCUCCCCCAUCAUCCAGUCGCUCACACUUAUUGCCAGUAAAAAGUGGUGGGCCCUGGUCUCCCCUGUUCCGGCACCCCUGGAUGAGAGAGGGGAGAGGAUGAAGAACUCCUUUCAAAUAUAACUCCCCCCCACCUCAAAAAAGCACAAUUUGCCAGCAACAGCAAAACAUGCACCUAACCAACCCGGGCCAGUCACGCUGUGUUGUGUGUGACAUUCCCGUCCUGGGGCGGUUUAUGUCUUUGAAAAGGUGAACCCUGCAGGCCUGGGUGUUUCUCUGGGUAAUGUGACCUCAGUGCUCCUGAUGAGAGCCGUUGUUUGUCAAUGUUUCAGAAGCAGACAUAUUUAUCAUUCAUGGACAGACAGACAUUUAUUCAUAAUUAGAACUGGUCAAAAAUAGCGGGGGUGGGGAGGUUCAUGAAAAUUGAAGAAGAAACCGCUUCCCCCCCCCACCCCCCAAUAUUCUUCAGACUUAUUUGAAAAUGUUUUUAAUUAUCAAAUUUUUGUUUAGUUUUGGUGGGAAAAACUCCACGUUCUCUCUCAAGUGGGCAGAGAAAUCCAAAACGUUUUUUUUAAAAAGGGAACUUUUUUCAAAUGAUCAAUGGAAUCCAAAGUGGCAUUUUUAAUUAAAAGGUUGCAUUGUAAGUGUAAAACCAUUUGGAACCAGCUCUAUUACUGUAUAACAAGAUGAGUUUAUUUUUCAUGAUGCAUUGUUUGGGCCAAGUUCCAAGUGGCAUUUCAGUUUUUGCACAGCUCUUCUCUUCUUGCGUCUGCACCUCUCAUAAGCUGUGGCCUUAAUCUCGGCCCUGGAAACACUUACAUGCAUAUUUAACUUUAAUUACUGCUGUGAAUAAUUCCAUUUCAAUGGGACAACUCUGAGGUCGGGUUUACACUACGGCCCUAUAUCGGUGUAACUAUGUCAUUUCUUUAAUUUUCUUUCUUUUAUAUGUGAAAGUUCUUGAGAGGUUAAAGCAGGUAAAAUACAUGAACAGAUUCGGACAGUCCGAGUUUGUCAGUGCAAAGUGACAGCAGAGAUGUGGUAUCUGCUAGUUUUCCACAAGUCUCUCAGGGUUACCCAGGAUAACUUUGGGGAUCUCUGUCUUGCAUCUGGAAUGUUCCCUGAAAGCGUCCAAACAGCUCAGAGCUACAGAACCAUUCCCUGGACCCAUUCUUAUAGCUGUCUUCCCCAGAAAGCAGUCUGGCAAGUGUUCCUGUCAGCUCAUUGCUAAGUUAUCUGUCAAAACACUAGAGUUUUCAGGUGCCUAAGUAGCCCCUGGAAUCAGGGUGAAAUUAUCCUCCCCACCACUACCAAAAUUGGAAAUGGUGCCCCGGAGUGCACGGGACCCUACCGUGCUUCCCCCAUAGGAACUGCAUGAACAGGCAACUCUGCAAGUUAUCUGCAUGCCUCUGCAAGUGACCCCCAUGCCUCUCCAUUUCCUUGGCCACAUGUAUCCUUUCCUCAUGCUGGCGGCUAAUCCAGAAAAAGAGGAAAAGAGCUCACCACUGCGACCAGGGAGGUGUUGGCUUGAGAUCAGCUGGUCAAAGCAGGCAAUAGGGACAGAAUCUGAGACUUGAAGCUCCUCGAGUGACCUCUGACCUUUCUAGACCUGCCCUUCAAUCAGACACAGCGAUUGUAAAGUUGAAUGUGAUAGUAACUAGACCCAUUUUAAACCCUUCACCACACAAGACAAAGCCCGUAGGAUUCAUCAUGAACUAUUUAUUUCUCCUCCCCUGGCUCCCUGCAGCCACCAGCCACCUUGGAGCUUUCCCUCGUCUCUCCCAGGCUGGGCUCACUUGAUUGCAGGAGCUCAGCGGAUGGUCCAGCUUUGCUCUUUCGCUUCCAUUCUUCACGUCUUUGGGUGGCUGCAUUGGCAACUGAGCAGCCUGAUGGAAACACUGAGUCCUCUGUCUCGGCAGGCAGGCCCAGCCGCCAAAGCCAAAGACUCCCUGAGAACAGGGGGAGGUUCGCCUGAACUCUCAGGAGUGGAGGCUGGGCCCAUAGGGUAGGGUUACCAUAUUU